UCCGAUCUCCACGAGAGGCGGAACGCAGAUUUUUAUUAGAGUCGCCUUUGCUUGCAGGACACAGAAAGCACCAUGAUCCGUACCGUGUUUUCUCGGACCCUCCCCAGACUGAGCAGACCGCCAGUGUGUCACUACUCUGCGGCUGCAAUCCCCGCACCCAACACCCAACCGGAGGUCCACUACAACAAGCUCUUUAUCAACAACCAGUGGCAGGAUGCAACGAGCGGGAAAACCUUCCCUACCAUCAACCCGGCGACUGGGGAAGUCAUCUGUCAAGUUGCAGAGGCAGACAAGGCAGAUGUGGACAAGGCGGUGAAAGCAGCACGUGAUGCCUUCAGGUUGGGGUCCCCUUGGCGACGGAUGGACGCCUCUCAUCGCGGCCUGCUCCUCAACCGAUUGGCCGAUGCCAUUGAGAGGGAUGCUGCCUACCUUGCUGAACUGGAGACCCUUGACAAUGGGAAGCCAUACACCAUGUCCUACACCGUGGAUGUGCCCACCGUGGUGAAAUGUUUCAGGUACUACGCAGGCUGGGCGGACAAAUGGGAGGGAAAGACCAUCCCAAUCGACGGAGAUUAUUUCUGCUACACCAGACACGAACCCAUCGGAGUCUGUGGACAGAUCAUACCGUGGAACUUCCCUCUGCUGAUGCAGGCCUGGAAAAUUGCCCCUGCCCUGGCGACCGGUAACACUGUGGUGAUGAAAGUGGCAGAGCAGACGCCACUCACAGCACUCUAUGUGGCCAGCCUGAUUAAAGAGGUGCUGCGUUUCUUUUUCCUCAGUAACACACCAUCAGUUAACGGUACCAGAAACAUUUAAAUGAUCGUAAAUACUAUACAAAGGAACAUUAAGACCAUCUUUUCCAUUUAAUCCCUUACAAAUAU